AUGAUUUCUCUGAACUCUCCAGCGGCAGCCGCGUUCUGUCGCCUCGAUGUUUCCGUUCUUUUGCUGUUUCAUUCGCAAGAACAGUUUAUCUCCGCCCUAUCACUGGGCGCCGAAAGACUGAUACUCUUCACUGCCUUGCUGCCAGCUGCUGCCAACCACUCCCCGGAUCUUUCCGACACCUCCUACAGCUCCAAUCGACCGACAAACCUCACGUCGACCCCCCUCCCCCCUUCUCCAACUUCGAACCAAUACUUGGUCAGUUUAUUAAAGGUCUUUCCAGGUAGCGAUGCUCAAAUCAGGAGAGGUUAUUAA